GCUGGCCCCAGAAGACAAAUUAUUUUUCUCCCCUACUGAAAGAAGCACAGGGGCGCCCUGGAAUCUCCUCUGGAUCAGACUGGCCUUGCCAUGUCCACCAGCAGCUGCAGUUUUGCAGACAGAUGUGUGACUGUGCUGUGCUGCAGGUUUUGCCAGCAAGUGCUAAGUUCCCGGGGCAUGAAAGCGGUUCUCCUGGCUGACACAGAGACAGAUCUCUACUCCACAGACAUCCCUCCCACCAGUACUGUUGGCUUCAUUGGAAACUGCUAUUUCACAGAAAUCUGCAAAUGUAAACUGAAGAAUGUGGCCUGUUUGAAAUGUGGGAAUGUCGUAGGUUACCAUGUGAUCGCUCCAUGCAAACCUUGUUUGCUGUCCUGCAACAAUGGGCACUUCUGGAUGUUUCACAGCCAGACUGUUUUUGGAAUCAACAGGCUCGAUUCUUCCGGUACAAACUUACUGCUUUGGGGCAACUUACCAGAUUCAGAGGAAAGCGUGGAUGAAGACGCGUCCAGCAUCUCUGAAGACGAGUACAUCCGAUAAAUGUCAUCAGCAAUGUGCUGCAUGGUGUGCCUCUCACACGGACAAGAAACACAAUGUGCAGAUCCCAGCAAGGCAGAGGAAAAACACUUCAAAGGCUAAUACUACCUGUUGACCUUACACCGUCUGAUCUGCUAGGCGUCCUGUUGUACAGGGCGACUAGGAUUUGAAGGUCAAAAGGCAGCCCUUGCUCGCUUUCCAGAGAGCUACCCACCAUCAGUAUGCCCCCCCUGGCUUCCGCAACUGCUUGCUAUCGCCCGUGUCCUACAGGAUGGCGUUUAUGUACAGAAGAUCAAGGAAUGAGCUCCACAUCACCAUCGCUCAUGGUUGCACUAAAAAAGGCCUGGAAGCGACACGGGGAAAGAUCCAGUGGUGUUUGAUGUGGCAGGUUAUCUGUUGGCCUGCCUGACUCCUUUUCCCUGUGUUGCUGGCUGAGUCAGGGGUUGUGCAUGGCCUCUCUUCAGGGACCACAGUUAAUGCUGCUACACAGAGCACUGGCAGUGAAUACUGACUCUGUGCUGUUGGCUGCCUUCCAGAAUCCCAUGUUUGCAUAACAUAUUGGGAAGCUCUUAAAUCUAGGUAUUUCUGCUUCCCUCGUGCAAGCGCAGCACAAUGUUUGGUUCUGCUCAAAGGGGAGAUUUCGAGGAAACCUACUGAAUAGCUUUUUUUCUGCCAGCGCACAUACAGCCAACAAGUGUGAGGACAUCGCCUGGGAACUGGCAUGCUUCCCUGCUCCUAAUAGAAGGAGAAGAUGCAAAGAAAUGCUAACAAAAGAA